AUGACCUUCACAAGCAACGAACGGCGUGCCCAGCGCAGGCAGCAAUGCCGUGAAGCUCUGGCAAAUCACAUCUACCAGCGCCUGGGCCUCGUCGUACCCCCAGGCCGGGUGCGCCUACAGCCAUCGGCGGAGGAUGGCUACGCGUGGUCAUCCUCCAAAGCCAAGGAAUAUCUUCUGAAGACAAAUCUCGGCCGCGGAACCGUCGGCUUAUAUCAAGACAUAAUGGAUGAGCUGGGACAAUCACUUGAAGCCGUGACACCGAAAACAUUACACGCGAACAAAGUGGGUGAAGAUGCGCCAUCAACGAGAGAGAGCCCGGAAAUCGAUUCGGAGUCUUUCACAGCUACAAUUCAGCGAUUGGAGCAGCAGAACAAGGAGCUUAUUGGUAAGAUUGGGGAGCUCCAACGAAGCGAACAAGAGAGGCGAGCCAAGCUUCGUCAUCUUGAGGAAGAGCUUGAACGCCACAAAAGCUACCUUGAAAAGUCAGAGGCGGAGUUGCUCCGGGCCAGAGGCGGGAUUACUGAAGCUUUGGUAGUGUUGCAGAAAUGGCAGUCAGGAGGUGAAACAGUUUGA